AUGGCGCAGGGCUCCAAACCUGGAGAGGGUGGGCAGCUUCCGGGCCAUAAGGUUGACGAAUACAUUGGAUGGGUCCGCCGUACCACUCCGGGUGUGGAAUUGAUCUCGCCGCCGCCGCCCCAUCAUGACAUUUAUUCGAUUGAAGACUUGGCCCAGUUGAUUCACGAUCUGAAGAACAUCAAUCCUGAUGCCCGCAUUCAUGUCAAGCUGGUGGCGGAGGUUGGCGUCGGCACGGUAGCGGCAGGCGUCGCAAAGGGUCACGGAGACGUGGUGCUGAUUAGCGGCCACGAUGGUGGCACCGGCGCCUCGCCCGAGUCUUCCAUAAAGCACGCUGGCCUGCCAUGGGAGUGUGGGAAUCGCUGA